AUGCACAAUUCAGCAUUUCUCUUCAGUGUUUUGGAGGACAAACUUCAUAAGCUGUAUUAAGGGAAUAUAAAUGUUUUGGAAUCAAUCUAAUAUUUUCAAUUAAAAAACAUCAGAACUAUUAUUGUAGUUGGAAAACAUAAUUACAAAUAAUAUACAGAAUUUGUUACCUAUCAUGUAUUCUCUAUUUUAUUUAUUUAGAAAGUUGAUGAGAAUCAAACAGACAUCAUCAAAAUCUUUGAUAGAAUAACCACACUUAUUUCAAAUGAAAUAAAGCGUUCAUCUGUUUUAGUAUGUUGUUCUAAUGGACUAAAUUGGAGUGCUGCAAUAAUUAUAGCCUACUUAAUCAAAAUUAAAUAAUGGUAAUAUGAAAAAGCUUUCUAUCAUCUUAAAUCAUUGAAAACAUUAGUGAAUCCUUCUUUGCCACUAAAAAAAUAACUAAUAUUAUUCAACUCUAAAAUUCACAAUUAAAAACAAGAGAACUAAGAAAAUAAUAUUAAUUAUUCUAAUCUAAUCAUUCCUUCAAAAUUUUAACAACGAAUUAUUGAAUAGACUCAAAAGUAAUAAUAUUUGGAAGAUUCUAUUAAUUCUUAAGAUGAUAUUCAAUCCAUUGGUUCUUGUUAAGGUGGAUAAACACCUAUAUUCUAUUCACCAAAUAAAUAGAGUAUGGUCUAAAAACAAAAGCAAUCCUCUAAUCCUAAAAGUCCAGAAAAAAGAAUAAGUAGACACAUCAGGAAUUACACUUUCUAAAUUGAUGAUGCUACUAAACAGUAACUUUAAAACAAUGAGCAACAAGUUCAAAGUUCUCCUUAAUUUAAAAAUUAAGAAGAAUAAUUAAUUCUUAGACAUAGAAGAAGAAGAAUUACUCAUAGAACAAAAAGUGCUUUGAAUUAAAAAUGA